AUGGUACCAGUAUCUCUUCGUGACAUCAAGGAAAUAAUCUUUGGUAUACAUGAAAUUAUUGCUGGUGGUGAGAGCAUUCGUUCAUUAGUUGGAUGGCACAACGGAAACUAUCCACCAAAUCAAGAACCACAGAAAGCAUUUGAUUGUGAUACACACACGAAAUACUUAAAUUUUAAUAUUUGUGAUCAAUAUGGAAAUAAAAAUAUGAUUUAUGAUGGAUUGAAAACCGGUUUCCAUGUAACACCACAACAAAAUGUAUCAAUGGUCGUAGGUCUUGAAUUUUGCAGAAGAAAUGAUAUUCCUAAUCGUGAUCCGAUUAGAAUAACGUCAGAGAGAAGGAAUCAAUCAGAUAACAAGCUCAUUUUCGGUUCUAGCUGGACAUUGAUCUAUUAUGGUUCCAGUAGUAUUGAUUAUUACCCAGGCAGAGAUGCUUGUGGAGAAAAAUAG